CUUGAGCGAAGAAAUCGUCGUCCUACACUUUCUUAACUUGAGUCAUUUUGCUGAGUGAAUAAUUCUGAUAUUGAAAAUGAUUUGUAGUUAUCUAGUUGCCAGAAAAUGAUUUCAAUGGAAAUUUGAAUAAAAUGCAAUCAGUGUAAAAAUAUGAGCAUUACACGAAGGCGAAGGGAUAGUGACGAAAACUGAAUACGUUGGCAUUUUCUUUCUUCUGUUUCUUGAUCUUGGCAUACAUUCUUUUUCGUUGUAUUUAUGCGGUUUAAGUGUGUCAGUGAAAACAGGCUUAUUGGUGUGAAUACGUGGAGGUUUAGUGAAUAACUGGAAUUACUAUUAAACUGGAAUUUACAGUUUAGAGAAUUAGAAAUCGUUAAAGUUUUACGUUGGAUUACUACACGAAUAACUUAAUUAUAGAAAAUGUAUUUUUGAAUACGUACAUCUCUAAUUGCUAGGCUGAUCCACACAUGCAUAAGCUAGAAAGUGCGCCACUAUCGGGUGUGAAAAGUGAAAAGUAACGGUGGUCUAAUAGCAUGCCUUCAAUAUCACUACCGAAUCAUUGAACCUGUUUACUGAAAACCUUACAUUUCAAUGAUGAUAUAGCCACAAAAAUAUUCGUCUGGAUUACAUUUUGGAAACCACACAACAACUAAUCAAUAUUUUCCUAAUGAUGGCUAAAUAUGUAACAUAUAGGAUAAUUUGGUUAGCUUCACUAUUUAUCACAGUAUUAGCAGAGGAUCCCUUGUCGUGUUCGAUAGGCUGGGAGCUGAGAGGAUUAAAUUGUUACAAAUAUUUUAGCGUUAGGCAUUCGUGGGAGAAAUCUGCAGAAUUAUGUAAACGAUAUGGUGCCGAGCUUGCAACGAUAGAGUCGUUUGAGGAGAAUGAAGCGGCACGAGAGAUCGCACUUUUCGGCGAAUCUAGGGGACGGACUGCAAACAUGUAUUGGUUAGGUCUUGCUUCUUUGGAUGACCUUAGGACCAAUACGCUAGAAUCUACGUCAGGUGGAUUAGUUUCACAAUACUCAGGUUUUUGGGCUCUAAAUCAACCUGACCCAGCCGCUGGAGAAUGUGUUGCGGCGUCUAAUGUGAAUGACAUGCAAACGUGGCAGUUGGAAACAUGUGAAAACUUAUUACCGUUUAUGUGUGAACGGCCUGCAUGCCCUCAAAACUCAGUCCGAUGUUCCAAUGGUGUUUGUAUAAAUCAAGCAUUCAAAUGUGACGGAAAUGAUGAUUGUGGAGAUGGCAGUGAUGAAUUGGACUGCCCUAAUGCUUGUCAUUUCCAUAUGCAAUCCGGGGGUGAUGUUAUUGAAUCGCCCAGUUUCCCUCAAAAGUAUCCAGCUUUGUCGGGUUGUAAAUGGACUUUGGAAGGACCUCAGGGAACAAACAUUAUUCUACAGUUCCAGGAAUUUGACACGGAGAAGAAUUUCGACAUUGUGCAAAUUCUUGUGGGUGGAAGGACUGAAGAUAAAGCUGUAUCACUUGCAACCAUUUCUGGCAAAAAUGAUCUGACUAGUAAACCACUUAUUACUGCUUCCAAUUUCAUGAUUAUCAAAUUCACUUCUGAUGGAAGUGUUGAGCGGAAAGGCUUCAGAGCAACAUGGAAAACUGAACCUCAAACUUGUGGAGGUGUGCUGCAGGCCACAACUCAAGGACAGAUACUAACUAGUCCCGGUUAUCCAAAGACUUAUCCAGGUGGAUUGGAAUGUCUCUACAUCAUCAAGGCUCAAAACGGUCGAGUGAUUUCAUUGGAAGUAGAAGAUCUAAAUCUGAAUGAGGACCGUGACUUCAUACUGAUACGAGAUGGAGAUAAUGCUCAUAGUAAACCCAUCACUCGACUUACAGGAACAUCUUUGAAUGAUAGAAAUAGAGUGAUUAUUUCGACAAGUAAUAAUCUCUACGUGUUCUUCAAGACCUCUCUCGGUGGUUCGAAGAAAGGUUUUAACAUGAAAUACACACAAGGCUGUUCAGCAACCAUCACAGCAUUGAAUGGAACAGUUACAUCUCCAGCAUAUGAUCUGGCCAAUUAUCCCAAUAAUCAGGAAUGUUUCAUCAAAAUAAAGAAUCCCAUGGGAGGACCACUCUCGCUGCGAUUCAAAAACUUCAAUGUGCACAAAAGCGACAAGGUUCAAAUUUUCGAUGGCUCAUCUACGUCUGGUCUGCGUCUUCAUCCGGGAGACGGUUUUACAGGAAACACAGUGCCAAAAAUUACACUUACUGCAUCUUCAGGAAAUAUUCUAAUUAAGUUUGUUUCGGACGCUUUGCACAACGGAAAAGGAUGGCUUGCAGAGUUUUCUGCUGAUUGUCCUGAUCUAAAACCAGGAAUUGGGGCACUAGCCUCCAGUCGGGAUACUGCUUUCGGAACUAUUAUUACAUUCACAUGUCCAAUCGGUCAAGAAUUUGCAACUGGAAAGAACAAAAUCGUCACAAAGUGUCAAGAUGGAGGAACAUGGAGCAUAGAUUACAUUCCUAAAUGUCAAGAGGUAUACUGCGGACCAGUCCCACAAAUCGACAAUGGAUUUUCGAUUGGAUCAUCAAAUGUAACUUACCGUGGAGUAGCCAUGUAUCAGUGCUAUGCUGGUUUUGCAUUUGCCUCUGGUAAUGCCAUUGAAAAAAUAUCCUGCUUGGCCGAUGGAAACUGGGAAAGGCAGCCAUCUUGUCUAGCAUCGCAGUGUCCGCUGUUGCCAGAAGUUCCCCAUGCAAAUGUUACCAUCAUGAAUGGAGGAGGACGCAGCUAUGGUACAAUCGUACGAUAUGAAUGUGAAUCUGGAUAUGUAAGAAGUGGACAGCCAGUACUGAACUGCAUGUCGAACGGAACCUGGAGCAGCCCUGUUCCAACAUGCUCUCGUAAACGCUGUUUUAAGUUCCCAGAAGUUGAAAAUGGAUUCUUUGUGGAUAAAACUCGACAGUAUUAUUUCGGAGAUGAAGCACGAAUUCAGUGUUACAAGGGAUAUAAGCAAAUUGGUUCCAACAUAGUGAAAUGCAACUCAGACCAGGAGUUCGAUACAUUACCAUCGUGUGAAGAUAUCAACGAAUGUAUAGCGGCACCAUGUGAUGUAGCUUCAACGGAGUGUGUUAAUACACCCGGAUCGUUCUACUGUCAGUGCAAGGCAGGUUUUUCAGCAUCUACUGAAUGUAGACCAGUCGGUGAUUUAGGCUUAGCGACGGGAGGUAUCUCGGACAAUAGUAUCAGUGUUUCUUCAACCGAAGAUGGAUACGAAAAAUCGAUGCUGAGACUUAACUCUGCAGGAUGGUGUGGAAAUUCUAUGGAUCCCGGUGCCAAUUGGGUUCUAUUAGAUUUUAAGGCUCCUACAAUAAUCCGAGGAUUCCGCACCAUGUCAGUGCAACGAUUUGAUGGUAGCCUGGCUUUCACAUCUGCCAUACGCAUACAGUAUACAAACGAUAUAACCGACGUGUUCAAAGAUUACGCUAAUCCAGAUGGUACAGCCGUAGAGUUCAGAAUUUUGGAACCCACCCUAUCUAUUCUCAACUUACCAAUACCUAUUGAAGCACGGUAUGUCCGAUUCAGAUUGCAAGAUUUUAUGAUUGCUCCAUGUCUGAAGUUGGAGGUUAUGGGAUGUACACGUAUAGACUGUAUUGACAUCAAUGAGUGUUCAAAUAAGAAUGGCGGCUGCCGACAAAAAUGUAUCAAUUCACCUGGAUCAUAUUCUUGUGGAUGUAAUACAGGAUAUGAACUAUUCACCAAGAAUGGUACAGCAGGAUUUACUGUUGAGAAAGCCGAAAGCGGUGAACGGGAUGGUGAUGUCUACCAACGAAAUAAAACAUGUGUUCCGAUGAUGUGUCCCACUUUAAGUGCACCCGAGAAUGGAAAACUCUUAACGGAUAAGGCUGAUCAUCACUUUGGUGAUGUAGUUCAGUUCCAGUGUAACUUUGGUUACGUUAUUUCGGGAAGCACAUCGUUGAUUUGUAUGUCUACUGGAGAAUGGAACUCCUCUGCCCCCGAAUGCAUAUAUGCCAAAUGUGUUUCCUUGCCAGAUGACAAAAACGAAGGGCUUGCCGUGCUUCGGCAAGAUAACGAAAGUAUCUUAAUACCCUUCCGUGAAAAUGUUACUUUAACUUGUAAUUCACCAGGUCGCUCACUGCGAAACUCGAUUUCCGCUGGUUUUAGGCAAUGUGUAUACGAUCCUAAGGCUGGAUAUCCAGAUUAUUGGUUAUCUGGAACACUUCCUUCGUGUCCACGAGUAGAUUGCGGUGAACCAAUGCCCACUCCUGGUGCAGAGUAUGGCCAAAAGGGAGAUACAAGAUUCCAAAGUUCUUUCUUCUUUGGAUGCCAAAACACGUUCAAACUGGCAGGGCAAAGCUCAAAAAAUGACAAUGUGGUCAGGUGUAUGGAAGAUGGCGUAUGGGACUUUGGUGAUUUACGUUGCGAAGGACCCGUUUGUGAAGAUCCAGGAAGACCCAACGAUGGUUAUCAAAUCACCAAGAGUUACGAACAAGGCUCCGAGGUACUAUUCGGAUGUUCUCGACCAGGUUAUAUUUUGAUCAAUCCCAGGCCAAUCACUUGUAUCAGAGAACCAGAAUGCAAAGUCAUCAAACCGUUGGGGUUGUCCUCUGGUAAAAUUCCAGAUUAUGCAAUUAAUGCAACGUCAGAGAGACCAAAUUAUGAAGCCAAAAACAUUCGGCUGAACUCUGUCACUGGUUGGUGCGGGAAGCAAGAAGCGUUCACAUAUGUGAGUGUUGACUUGGGAAAAGUAAACCGAAUUAAAGCUAUUCUUGUUAAAGGUGUCGUUACAAACGAUAUUGUUGGCAGGCCCACAGAAAUAAGAUUCUUCUACAAACAAGCAGAAAAUGAAAACUAUGUGGUUUACUUCCCAAAUUUCAAUUUAACCAUGCGCGACCCCGGAAAUUAUGGAGAACUAGCAAUGAUCACCCUGCCCAAGUUUGUACAAGCUCGAUUCGUUAUCUUAGGCAUUGUGAGCUACAUGGAUAACGCUUGCUUGAAAUUUGAGCUCAUGGGUUGUGACGAACCAACAUCUGACCCACUAUUAGGGUAUGAUUAUGGAUAUUCUCCAUGCGUAGAUAAUGAACCACCAGUGUUCCAAAAUUGCCCUCAACAACCAAUCAUUGUGAAACGAGAUCAAAAUGGUGCCAUUAUCCCGGUGAAUUUCACUGAACCCGUCGCUAUAGAUAACUCAGGAUCGAUUGCAAGGUUAGAAGUAAAGCCGCAAAGUUUCAAGACUCCUUCAUAUGUAUUUCAAGACACAAUAGUUAAAUACGUUGCAUUCGAUUACGAUGGAAAUGUGGCAAUUUGUGAGAUCAACAUUACAGUACCUGAUAUUACACCACCCUCUUUGAGCUGCCCACAAAGUUUCGUGAUUGAACUAGUGGAUAAACAGGACAGCUAUGUUGUAAACUUUAACGACACAAGAAAACGUAUUAAGGUUUCGGACAACUCUGAUCAAGUAUCUAUUCAAUAUAUUCCUGAAAGUGCCACUAUUCCGAUUGGUAAAUUUGAAAAUGUGACUGUUGUCGCAACUGACAAGUUUAACAACAAGGCGACAUGCAAUUUCCAGGUGUCAGUGCAAGCAACACAGUGUGUCGAUUGGGACUUGCAACCACCAAAUAAUGGUGAUAUUCACUGUAAAUCGAAUGACAAAGGAAUCGAAUGUGCUGCAACCUGUAAGCCAGGGUACCGAUUUACGGAUGAAGAUACAAUGAAGAAAUUUUCAUGUGAGACUAAGCGGCUAUGGAAGCCAUCCUCAGUGGUCCCCGACUGUGUUUCUGAGAAUACUCAACAAGCUGACUAUCACGUUACUGCAACAACUGUAUACAGAGCAAAUGGAGCGGUUGCCCCAUCAUGUCUUCCUCAAUAUCAAGAAAUGCUUGGAAAAUAUUAUCCAAACCUGAAUAAUAUUUUAUCUCAACGUUGCUCCGCAGUUAACGUUAAUAUGAAUGUCUCAUUCAUUAAAUCUGUACCCAAACUACUUGAAGAAAAUAUGAUACAAAUAGACUUCAUUUUGUCUAUCAUUCCGGCAAUCAGACAACCUCAGUUAUAUGACCUUUGUGGGUCUACAUUACAAUUGAUUUUUGAUUUGAGCGUACCAUAUGCAAGUGCUGUCAUCGAACCGAUCUCUAACGUAUCAGCGAUCGGCAAUCAAUGUCCACCAUUGAGGGCAUUAAAAAGCUCAAUUGCACGAGGAUUUACGUGCUCGGCAGGGGAAGUUCUUAAUAUGGAUACAAGUGAUGUGCCACGAUGUUUACACUGCCCUGCAGGAACUUAUGCGGGAGAAAAUCAAAAGACAUGUACACCUUGUCCCAAAGGAUUCUACCAAAACAGAGAGCGCCAAGAAUCAUGCCUUAGCUGUCCAACUGGGACAUACACAAAAGAGGAUGGGUCAAAGAGCGUGGGCGCUUGCGUACCAGUCUGCGGCUAUGGAACAUAUUCACCAACUGGUUUAGUACCAUGCUUAGAAUGCCCCAUCAAUUCAUUCUCUAGCGAUCCUCCAACUGGAGGAUUUAAAGAUUGCCAGGCAUGUCCGACUGGUACAUUCACUUUCCAGCCUGCUGCUCAAUCCAUUGAUCAGUGUCGUAAAAAAUGCUCGCCGGGACAAUACUCACCCACCGGAUUGGCACCUUGUUCACCAUGUCCAAAGAAUUUCUACCAGAAUGUUGAAGGAAUGCUGACUUGUAACGAAUGUCCUACUGGAAUGAAAACGGAAGGCCCGGGUGCUACGGGCCGCGAAGAAUGUAAACCAGUGAUGUGCAAUGAAAAUUCGUGUCAACAUGGAGGACUAUGUGUGCCUAUGGGCCAUGAAGUGCAAUGUUUCUGUCCAGCAGGAUUUUCCGGAAGACGGUGCGAAAUCGAUAUUGAUGAAUGUGCAUCUCAGCCUUGUUACAAUGGCGGAACAUGCAAAGACCUUCCUCAAGGUUACAAAUGUACUUGCGCUCAAGGCUAUUCUGGAAUUAACUGUCAAGAAGAGAAGAGUGAUUGUGGCAAUGAUACAUGUCCUUCAAGAGCAAUGUGCAAAGACGAACCAGGAUACAAAAAUUUCACCUGCUUAUGUCGCAGUGGAUAUACUGGAGAGGAAUGUGACAUAACUAUUGAUCCAUGUACGGCAAAUGGCAACCCUUGCAAAAACGACGCAUCUUGUGUGGCACUUCAGCAAGGCCGUUUCAAAUGUGAGUGUCUUCCUGGAUGGGAAGGGCAAUUAUGCGAAACCAACACAGAUGAUUGUGCUGAAAACCCAUGCUUACUGGGCGCAAACUGUACGGACCUUGUACAUGAUUUCAGUUGUACCUGUCCAAACGGAUUUACUGGUAAACGGUGUCAAGAAAAGAUCGACUUAUGUCUUUCGGAGCCCUGCAACCACGGUAUGUGUAUUGACAAAUUCUUCUACCAUGAAUGUAUUUGUCAACCAGGGUGGAGUGGAGAGUCUUGCAACGUUAACAUCAAUGAUUGUGCAAGUGACCCGUGCCAGAAUAACGGUGACUGCAUAGACUUGAUUGAUGAGUACCAAUGUAGUUGUGAACCUGGUUAUACUGGCAAGAAUUGCCAACACUUCAUUGAUGAUUGCGCAAGCGGUCCUUGUCAAAACGGAGCUACAUGCGUUGAUCAACAAGAUGGAUUCCAAUGUAAAUGUAGGCCAGGAUUCGUAGGAUUGCAAUGCGAAACGGAAAUUGAUGAAUGUUUGAGUGACCCAUGCAAUCCUACUGGAACAGACAGGUGUCUAGACAAAGACAAUACUUUUGUCUGUCUGUGCCGAGAUGGAUACACCGGAACACUGUGCGAGAUAGACAUCGACGACUGUGAGGACGCGCCAUGUCUUAACGGAGGAAUAUGUCAAGAUCGAGUGGGGGCUUACGAAUGUGAAUGUCCUGCCGGAUGGAAUGGCUACCGCUGCGAACAGUUGAUCGAGUCAUGUGAGCCCGCGCGUCCAUGUAAAAAUGAUGCUCGUUGCAUUGAUUUGUUCGAAGACUACUUCUGUAUAUGCCCCAGCGGAACAGAUGGUAAACAAUGUGAAACUGCUCCAGAUCGGUGUAUUGGUAAUCCAUGUAUGAAUGGCGGUCAAUGUAAGGAUUAUGGUUCGGGAUUGAAUUGCUCAUGCUCAAUGGACUAUGCUGGAAUAGGAUGCCAAUAUGAAUACGACGCUUGUGAAGCCAAUGUUUGCAAAAAUGGCGCAACUUGCGUAGAUCACGGCAGUGGAUACAAGUGCAUAUGUCCACCAGGAUUUACAGGCGACAACUGUGAUCAAGAUAUUGUCGAUUGCAAGGAUAAUUCUUGCCCACCGGGAGCAACGUGUAUUGAUUUAACCGAGGGUUUCUACUGUCAAUGCCCAUUCAAUUUGACUGGUGAUGACUGCAGAAAAACCAUUCAAGUGGACUACGACAUGUACUUCAGUGAUCCAACACGAUCAUCUGCCGCUCAAGUGGUUCCGUUCUAUACUGGGUCACCAGAUAGCUUCACAUUUGCUAUGUGGGUACAGUUCUCUCAAAAGGAUGACACAGGCAUAUUUGCAACAUUGUACGCUGUAGACUCUUUGCAAGACGUUAUGGACAGACGAGUGAUACUGCAGGCUCACUCAAGCGGUGUUCAGGUUUCACUAUUCACGGAUGUGCAGGAUGCUUUCCUUGCAUUUAGAGAGUACACGACUAUCAAUGAUGGUCAGUGGCAUCAUGUAGCGGUUGUGUGGGAUGGAAAGACUGGACAACUUCAACUAAUUACCGAAGGAUUGAUUGCUGGUCGUGCGGAGUAUGGUGCUGGACGUAAUCUCCCAGCAUACGCAUGGUCGGUAUUGGGCCGCCCAGCAUUGAGAGCAAAUGAAUCUAAUUCUGUGGCUUACAACGAAGUUGGAUUCCAAGGGAAGCUAACAAAGGUUCAAUUGUGGAGCAGAGCUUUGGAUGUUACAUCAGAAAUUCAGAAGCAAGUAAGAGAUUGUCGAAGUGAGCCAGUCCUGUACAGAAACCUGAUAUUGAACUGGGCAGGAUAUGAAGAGAGUACUGGAGGAGUUGAACGAUCUGUUCCAUCAUCAUGCGGAAGGAAGAAAUGUAAAUCUGGAUACGUCGGAGCACAAUGCAAACAACUUGAACAUGAUAAAGAAUCUCCAAAGGUUGAGCAUUGUCCUGAUGAUUUGUGGAUUAUUGCCAGAAAUGGCUCAUCAAUUGUUAACUGGGAUGAACCACAUUUCAGUGAUAACGUUGGUGUAACCAAAAUUAUUGAACGCAAUGGUAGACGUUCUGGCCAAAGCUUCCUUUGGGGAAGUUAUGAUAUUACGUAUAUUGCUUACGAUGCAGCUGGAAACACUGCUGAUUGUAGUUUCAAAGUAACUUUAUCUUCCGAUUUCUGUCCACCGUUGUCCGACCCGAUAGGAGGGUCGCAGAAUUGCAAGGACUGGGGUGCUGGAGGACAGUUCAAAGUGUGUGCCGUAUCGUGUAAUCCUGGAAUGAAGUUCUCAGAAAAAGUUCCAGAAUUUUAUACUUGCGGAGCAGAAGGUUUCUGGCGACCAACUGAAGAUCCAUCUACCCCAUUAGUAUAUCCAUCAUGCUCACCAGCUCGACCUGCUCAACGCAUAUUCAGAAUUCAAAUGCUGUUCCCAUCUGAUGUAUUGUGUAAUGAGGCUGGACAAGGAGUACUCCGCCAGAAGGUGAAAAAUGCUGUCAACUCAUUGAACAGAGACUGGAACUUCUGCUCAUACUCAAAUGAAGGAUCUCGCGAGUGUAAAGAACUACAAAUAAAUGUCAAAUGUGAUAAAUACCGUCACUCCAAUGAUAUUGUGAAACGGCAAGCCGUAAAUCCUUCCAGUAAGCAGGACUCGAGUACCUAUGUAGUGGAUGCACAAAUUCCAAUAAUCGGCAAUAAGGACGCAGAAAGCAGCACUCGCCAAAGUAGGCAACAAAACGGCGAUACCUAUACCUUGGAGAUGGUGUUCCCUGCGGUCAA